AUGCGUCCGGCGGCCACCCCCACUCCCGAACCCACCGCCACGCCCGAUCCUACGUUCGCGCCGCGACCGACCAACACGCCUGAACCCACAAAUACUCCGGAGCCGCCGAAUCCCAUCGCUGGGUUGCAAAACGAGGAAUGGCUAAACCGUAAUGCGGCGACUAUGGCGUCGGAGAUAGGGAAGUUGCCAUGGGCAGCCGACGUGGUAACCGAUGUGGAGCGCCAAGCGCUGCAGGAGUUGCUGUGGCUGGCAUGGGUAGACCUCGAUGUAGCCUGGGCUCUCCUGCGUGUACCUUGGUUUGUGGAUGGCCCUGAAUCUCACGAGGUUGAUGGAAUGCAGGCGGCCCGCUGGACGACCACAACUUCGUCGGAGUUGGGCAAACAGUUGGUGCAAAAAUCCUGGUUCCGGGACGGCAUAACGGCAGAUGAGGUUAAAGUCAUGCGGAACAUCAAUUGGGCGGCACGGCCUGAAGAUGACAACUUCGCUGACCAAGCGAUCGCCGCCGCGCGUAAACUGCUGGAUAUGCCCUUUCUGGAGAGCGUCGAGAGUCGGGAUUUGUUGGCAGUGCUGUCAUUGCAGCGCCUGGAACGCGACAAUACCGAAUACUACCUGAAGAUAAUGUCCCACCCCAGGAUAGCCGACGGCAUUACUGACGAAGAGACCAAGAUCGUGGCCCUGCUGGCAGGAACCUACAGCAAGAGACCCGAAUCGGUGGAUUUCCUGCUGCGGGGCGUUGGCGUGUUUAUUGAGGAGCGCACCAUCCAGCUUCCCCACACGGGGGAGACGCUUCUGGCCAUCGUCCGCAUCCGGAACCAGACGACGCCGGCCAUGGACUACCUGGAAAACAGCGUCCGAGCCAUCGAGACUGUCAUGGGGGCUCCUUUCCAUACCAAUUACAUCGCGUUGUACUUCGACGAUACGACAACUUACACCAUAGGAGGAACGUAUUUCGGAACCCACAUGGCCAUGUCUUUGCUGUAUGACGUGGAGUACGGGCGGUUGUGGGAUCGCACUCCCUUUGUGAUAGCCCAUGAAGUUGCCCACUACUUCUGGCACUCCGGAAACGCGGAAUACGCGUGGCUGAGCGAAGGCUAUGCUGAAAUCCUGGCGUCUAUCGCCGAGAACGCCCGCACGGGAGCGUCAAUUGGUGUAACCAACAACCCCUGUGCUUCGGCCAAAACCAUCUCCGAGCUGGAAGUCCUGGAGGCCGAGGUCAAGACCAACGAGUUCCGAUGUAAUUACUCCCUGGGGGAACAGUUGGUGUUGGGGCUGUACCACGCGCUGGGCGAAGAUUAUUUUCGAGAGGGGACCCGCACCUUGUAUCAAAUGACUCUAACCGAAGACACACCUUCGGGAUGCGAAGGCGCCAAGCUCGCCAUCUGCCACCUGGAAACUGCAUUCGUCUCAACCGUUCCGGUGGAAGAUGCGUCCAAAGUGGGAGACGUCAUCGACCGCUGGUAUGGGUCGCCGCCGUAG